AUGGCUUUCAUGAGUCGCCUCAAAGCUACCUGGGGCGAAGCAGAAGGUAAUACGCUCUCCAAUUUGAACAGGAUCGAAUUGAAAUGUGCCAACAACACGAGCACGACAAGCGCCAUCCGACUAGUCUUCCCUUCCGAAACUGGAUACCUAGUUCGAUCGGACAUUCUGUCAUUGCGCAUGGUGGACCUGGACCUAGUUCAGUCGGCCGUGUCAUUUGCCGCCACACCAGCAGGAAAGCCGUUCAAACCUCUUCUGAUCGACCCAGACACAGCGUCCAUCUCUUUGCCUUCUCUCUUCAAUAGUGCGGUAGGUGGUCUUUUACUUCAAGCAUCAUCGGCCAGUCAGGACCACCAAAGUCUCCUCCGUCAGCUUGAUAGUGAAAUCACAAACCGGCUAUCAUUCCCGUGGUUCUUGACCUCCCCACCGCAGCGCAAGACGCUGGCGAUAGUGGAAGGGGCCCGCAGUAGCCCUGAUCAUGGAGGCCUCGCGACGGGCAUCUAUGCGGCAGCCGAUGCGUUAACCAUUGAGAUGAUUGGCCCUGAGUAUGCCCACUGGCGCAAAGAAUUUCUGCCAGUCGAGCUGGAGCCCCCAUCAGCAUUGGCAGAUCGUAUAGUUGAUGCCUUAUCCGGUUUUAGUGUUGACGGCAUUGUUACCUUCUGCGAUUCAUUCCAGGUCCCUGUCGCUCAGGCAGCGAAUCGUCUGGGACUACCCACUCACCCGCCGGAGGCAUACGAGAUUGCAACAGACAAGUAUCGUACAGCUGUGUCGGAGGGUCGUGCUGCCUAUCGUGCUCAUAAUGUUCAAGAAGCCCUCGAGAUUGUGGAUCGAGAGAACCUUGAAUACCCCUUCAUCGUCAAACCCUGCCAGGGCUUCUUAUCUGAGGGGGUGUUUAAGGUUUAUAACCCUGAAGAGCUGGUACAUGCAAUCAGCAACAUCCAUUUCGAUCGCCAUGGGACUGAGGUCGUGCUAGAACCUUACUGUGACGGCCCCGAAGUGGACGUCAACUUCGUCCUGUCCGAGAGAGAGCUCGUCUUCUGCGAAGUUACCGAUGACUUCCCCAAGACUGCAGACGAGGAUACGCAAACAAUGGAACCGCAGCAGGGUUCUACCGACCAGCUGAAAUCUUUCCUGGAGCUGACGUGUGUUAUGCCAUCGAAGCUUCCAACCCACGAGAUUGAUCUUCUGCGCAACUCGCUGCAUAUGAGCCUGCUCCGUCUGGGCUUCAUCACUGGCAUCUAUCAUGUAGAAGCUCGAGUGCAACACUUCUCAAUGGAAUAUGGCCAACUCGCUCCAGAUACAACACUAGUCGACUUAAUUCCUCGACCCAACCCCACUGGCAAAAACCCAUCCGUAUGGUUAAUCGAAAUCAACCCUCGCUUCCCAGGAAUUCAGGAAACCGCAGCCGUGGAGUCUGCUUACGGAGUAGAUUACUGUGCGAUUGGACUUCUAGCAGGUCUUGGCGAUCACGAACGUCUUCGUGCCCUAGCACAUCCAUUCCAGCAGAGGCCCCUACCUAUCAGUGGCAUCUUCGACUCGGACGAUGUUUGCGCGGAGUUGAAACAGCGACGUCCAGACCUUGCCAAGCAGAUCUCCAGAUGUGCCUGCUUCGCGAAAAGGGGAGAUAAGGUCUAUGGACCGGAAUCAGGGAUCAACUCUUGGGUUGCGUACUUCAACGUCUUUUCGAGAACUAGUCGCCAGCAUGUAAGCCGAUUCCGCUUACGCCGCUUAUGCCGACUCCGCGGUGGCCCAAGUCCAUCUAUAUCCGGCUUUCCAGCUACGCCAGCAUGGUACUAUGAUCCUGCUAUGAGCGAAGGGGUCUUAGGCACAUCGGAUAUAGUAGCGGAAUUUGUAAUGCACUCGGGGAAGGUGUCGGGGUAG